UCAGAAUAAGAGGUUUUAGAUGAGUGCUACUGCUACUACUCGAGCCCACACAGCUAAAACCUCUCGAUCGUUUUCAUACACGAAAUUUGAACACUCAUCAACUUAUCUCCCUCUUUAAGAGGACAUCCGCUUGUUCAUGUCCCUCAAACCAUCACACAGAAACAUCACACGCCAAAUUAAGUUUGAGGGAGCUUUUAGACACGAUUCAUUCAUAACCAUGGCUAAACAUCACACUGAUGUUUUGCCAAUGGCUUCCUUUGUCGUCGUCUUCUCUCUCUUCACUACUAGUUUCAUCGUCGAUCUCUCGGAAGGUCAGAUGGUUCCGGCCAUUUACGUGUUCGGAGACUCGUUAGCGGACGUCGGUAACAACAAUUACCUAAAAAUUUCUCUAGUCAAGGCAGAUUUUCCUCAUAAUGGGGUUGAUUAUCCUGACAAAGUAGCAACGGGGAGGUUUGGUAACGGCAAGAAUUCUACAGAUUUUCUUGCCGAGAAAGUAGGGUUACCACCGUCGCCACCAUAUCUGGCACUUGUAUCCAAGUCCAACAGGCGAAAAGUGUCCUUUGUCGAUGGAGCUAGCUUCGCCUCCGGAGGAGCUGGAAUCUUCAAUGGCUCGGAUGAACAAUUUCGUCAGUCAAUACCUUUGUCAUACCAAGUAAACUACUACUCAGAAGUACAUCAAAACAUAGGGUUACAGUUAGGAUCCGAGGGCACCAAAGACCAUCUUUCAAAAUCUCUGUUUCUUAUUGUGAUUGGAAGCAAUGACAUCUUCGACUACAUUAAAAAAUCCAAGCUCCAAAAUGAAUACACACCUCAUCAGUACGCGGAUUUAAUGGCGUCGAAUCUAAAGGAACAAUUACAGAGAAUACAUGCUCUGGGUGCCCAAAAAUUUGUAGUUGUUGGGACUGGGCCGGUUGGAUGCUGUCCGUCGCAAAGGGAUUCAAAUACUGAAGAGUGCAAUGAUGGCGCAAACUCAUUGUCUGUCAUGUACAAUGAAGCCCUUAAGUCCAUGUUGCAGCAAUUGAAACCGGCAUUGGGCAUAAGCUACACCCUCUUCGACACUUACAGUGUCUUGACUAACAUUGUACAAAACGCAGCUUCUUACGGAUUUACAGAGGUUAAAACUGCUUGCUGUGGGAUUGGGCAGCUUAACGCCAAGGGUCCUUGCCUUCCAGUUGCAUCCUUGUGCUCCAACAGAAGGGACCAUGUCUUCUGGGAUUUUUACCAUCCAACACAGGCAACUCAUGGCAUCAUAGUGGAUAAACUUUUCGAUGGCCCUUCAGAAUACUCAUCCCCAAUGACUGUGAAGGAGUUAAUUGCUCUAUAAAAAGCUCGGGCCACAAACUCCAAACGAAAGACGGAAUCUCAGAUAGAAUAUGGCCUUCUUGGGAGGUUAUACUUGGGCUAAGUUCAUGUGCAGUAAAGAGUGAAUGAAUGAGUUUACAUGUGUACCAUUACAAAAGAAGUAAAGCAUCUUGAUAGAUUUUGAAA